CCAGAAUAUCAUUUGACUAACUCUGCUGCGUGAGCGGAUGAGGCAGUCCGAAUCGUUGAUUCGUUCAUUCGUUCAAACUGGAUCAUUCGUUCACUUGGUGGGGGAACAAUUCGUGACAGGCAGUUGGUCUUGCGCCGGCAUAGCGAACGGUUGACUAAGUUGUGUCCGAGAAUAAUUAUUGUGAUCAUUGUGAUAUAUUUGGUGAAGUGUUGUGUUGCAUAAUAAAAGGUGUAUACUCAUACCCAGGAGUUUUAUUAAAUUUCGGAAGUGUUCCAGAUAAUGCCCGGUGAUAAUGAAAGUUCGCUUCGGCGUUUGGCGACGCCUUCCCCUGGGCACCGUGAUGAGACCGGAAGGCGCAGCCGCAGCCGCAGCCGCCGUGACGCCCGGAGUCGGAGCAGUCGCGGUGAGCGGGACCGCGGCCGCAGCCAGAGCUUCCGUGAUCGGGAGAAGGAAUUGAAGCUGCAGCAGGAACGGGUUCGUAGAUUAGAGCUAGAACUUGAGAGAGAGAGAAGUGUGCGACAGUCGCGUCAGCGCUCGCGUCGGUACUCGCCUCGACCUUCACGGCAGCGCUCCCCGGAGCCCGAGCGGCUGCAAAAUCGUGCUUCUGAGUUACCUCGAGAUUCUUCCGCACGUCGAAGUCCCCAUCGACGUAGCGAUGACAAUAAUAGACGUUCACGAUCUCGAUCACGUGUUGGUGGGCGAUGUGACGUUCCGCGAGUUACGCCGCCACUACGCGAUAAUACCCCUUCGUUCACGGCCGGUGAUGUGGCCGAUAUUAUAAACUCAUUGAGACAGUGCAAACCUCAGCCGUCACCAGCAAGCACUCCCGUUUUAAAUUCUAAUCAAGCACACAAUAAAAACAUUUUGCCGGACUUUGACCCUUCUUCGAAGAAUCAAAGGAUAGAUGUGUGGCUUAAGAAGGUAAACGAAAGUGCUGCUGUUUACGGCUGGGACGAAAGAAUCACCGUGUAUUUUGCUAUGCAAAAGCUCCAGGGGCUGGCCAAAGUCUGGUACGAGGGAUUAAACUCUAUAUUAUUUAGCUGGUCUGAAUGGCAAACCAAAUUAAUAAACGCAUUCCCUUGUGAACAGAAUUAUGGCCAGGCCCUGGAAGACAUGUUAAAGAGAAAAAGUAGAUUUAAUGAACCCAUCGAACUGUACUUUUAUGAGAAGUUAGCUCUCGUGAACCAAUGUGACAUAGACGGCAAGCGAGCAGUGGAUUGCAUCAUACAUGGGCUAAGCGAUAAAACUAUUAAAACGAGUGCGCUAUCUUUGAGAUGCACGAACCCUGAACAGUUAUUACAAUUUCUAAUGAGCAAUAAGGAAACUAAUUAUUUUGUAGAGCGUAAUAUGGGACAGAAAAAUCACACUAAUGAUAGCCAAUCUAGUAGUUCAGAUAGUCGUCCGCCGCCGAACAAGACUGAAAGGUCGCAGUUCACUUUCUCGUGCUUCAAUUGCAAGGAACGCGGUCACCCUUUCUUUAAGUGCCCGAAACCUCUCAUUAAGUGCACUCAGUGUGAUAAAUUUGGUCACACUGCUGACAAGUGCAAUUCCAAACCAUCUCAGGAAAACAAAGGGGGCCAAUCCUGAAAAAAAUCAAAAAAAAAACCAGUAAAUGAUGAUGGGCACAAAUAUAUGGAAGCUGGGACCAGCACCAAUGGAAAUGAGUGAUACGUCGUUGAAA